AGUAGAAGUAUAUGCGUUUGGUCUGUGUGCAUCAUGAAGAGAGCUUAUGCAGGCUGGUGGAGAGCACAGCAGUGCUGACACCGAAAGCCGCAGAGUUCUGGCUAUGCACCGGCGCUGACGCGCUCCAAAUUUCCCGGCGUGGGUGUUCGCAGAAGCCCCAUCGCCAUGGACAUAAGACGGCUCGCCUUCGUCCUACUCUGGCAAAUUGUUGCGGUGCAGGGCGUGGUGCGCGAGCGGUGGCACUACUACGUCCCAAACUGCCACGUCCCGGGGCCCCAACCAAUCAUUCCCCGCGAGUGGGGCCAGGAGUGGAGCAGCUGUAACGGCGCCAAGCAGUCGCCCGUGCUGCUGCUGCCGCACAAGUCGAUCGGCGUCGCGGUGCCACCGCUGCGCUUCAAGCACUUCUCCACGCCGCUCGCCAACCCUGUCGUCUACAACACUGGGAGGACGCUGCGUGUGCGGGCGUCGAUGCCGAAACCGAUCGUGACGGGCGGUCUCCUGGCCGAGGAGUACGUGUUCGACCAGGCCGAGUUCCACUGGGGCCGCGACGACCACAGCGGGAGCGAGCACAUCGUCGACGCACUCAGCUACGCCGUCGAGGUCCAAAUGACGUUUCGGCUGCGGACGCCGUCGGCACGGGUGGACUGCAAGGAGUGCCCUCCCGCGUACGUCGGCCUGGCCACACAGCUCAAGACAGUUCGCCAGCGCAACCCUCUGCUGCGCACGCUCGUCUCCUCCCUGAGCUCGGUGACGUACGCGUUGGAGCGGACCGAGCUGCCCCUCCCGCUGCGGCUGAUCGCCUUCCUGCCCAACGACACGCGCAACUACUACAUGUACGAGGGCUCGCGGACGGUGCCGCCCUGCACCGAGAACGUGCUUUGGAUCGUCUUCCGGGAGCCCACGUUCAUCGGCAGGGAACAGGUAAAGAUGCUCCGGCAGCUGUACGCCUUCCCGGAGGUGUUCUCCUGCAACAGACACCUGGUGGCCAACCUGAGGCCCCUGCAGGAGAUUGGCCGCACGAGGAUGCUCUACAGAACGUUCAGUUCUGCCCCUUCGAGGUUGCGGCUGAGCUUCACCACGACCUUGGCGUUCACCCUGUUAUCCUGCAGGAACAUAAUCUGGCGCCUAAGAUGACGUCAUUAAAUAACGUUGCGCUCAGUUAAAUUCUCCACAUCUGCUCGCGAGUUCACGAGCCUAGCUAGUUUCUAAGCGUUAAUUAAAUGUCACGAAAAGACGGGUCGGAAUUAAACGACGUCACCGGAACAGCGCCGUCGACGCCACAGCCUACAAGUCUAGCAUUGCCAUCAGCCAGUCAAUCGCCUGGGAGCAAGGCCUAAGUAGUUUUGGAUGUCUCGCUUACCAGCUUCCAGUUACAUCAUGGAUUUUGACAGCGUUUUUAAGGAGCUAGUUCAUUGUUUAUGAAUAAACAGCGAUUACGUUGCAUUCG